AUGUGGACGGGUGCUAUGGAAUGUGGUCAGCUGACCCCUCAAUCUAUACGUCAAGUCACCAUUUCUCGUCAACCAGGAGUUGGCUUUGGAUUUGUUGCUGGCAGUGCAGGACCCGUUGUUGUACGAUCUGUCAUUGCAGGUGGACCCUCAGAGAACAAAUUACUUUCAGGAGAUCAGAUUUUAGCCAUCGAUAAUGAGGAUGUGAGCGGGGCUCCGAGGGAGAGAUUCAUCGAGCUGGUCAGGAAUGCACAGGAGUCCAUCACUUUGACAGUUCUACAACCUCAUCAAUCUCCAAAAUCCGCAUUCAUCAGUGCAGCUAAGAAAGAGAAGCUUCGCUCCAACCCAACUAGGGUCCGAUUUUCCGAAUUGGUCACUGUUGGAGAUACAGACGCAGACAUGUUGAAGAUGAAAGACUCUCCACCCCUUCUCCUCAUUCCGAACGUUCUCAAAGUAUUUUUGGAGAAUGGACAAAUUAAAUCCUUUACUUUUGAUGGGAGAACAACAGUCAAGUAUCUAAGUAGUGAGACCCCUAGAGGCCAUACACAGCAUAUAACAUCGCCAUCGUGAUCAUUUCUCCCUUGUCCUACAAUAUUCUGCAACAGAUCAGGGCCAGAAGUUUCUGCUACUGCAAGACAAGCAACCACUGGCUCACGUCGUGCAUCGAACUCACUAUCAGGGUAUGAAAUGCUUGUUUCGAAUCUGCUUUUUUCCUAAAGACCCGGCUGAUAUUCUGCAUUCCGAUCCGGCUGCAUUCGAGUAUCUGUAUAUCCAGGUAAUAUACAAACAUAUAUGCAAUGAUUUACAAUGCUUCACUCAGUUAUGGUGA